GGCGCACUAUUCAAAGGAGGUCACCAAUCCAUAUAAGUACAUACUAUAAUUUACUUUGUGUGAACUGUUUCUACUUUUGAAAGUUACAAGGAAUAAUGGAUUACAGUAGAAAACUGCACAAUGGUUUUUCAAAGAAGUGAUUAGACAUUUAUGAAAGAGUUACUAAGAUAAUGUCAAUGUCACUGUAUGAUGAUGUUAUGGAAGUUGAUCUCACACUGAGUGACAAUGAUGACACCGAUGAUGAUGAUAGAGUAGUUGAAAUCAAUACAGUACAUGAUAGUGAUGAGACAAUAUACGACAGCGACAGUGGGGAUGAUGCUGUCUUGGUGGAUGCUCGAUCUCAGUCUUCAUCAAGACUUCAACCAAAUAGAGUACCGGAGCAACAGCAAAAUGAAGACAGCGAUGAGACGAUUUCCUUAUUUGGUGAUGAUGAUGAUACUGGGGAUGAUGAAGUUCUGGAAGUCCCAGGGACAGCCUCUCAAAAUACUGUCCAGUCUAACCAAGUGGAACGUGCUAGCCCAAUUCCUCCAUCAGUUUCACAGUCUGUAAUCACUGAGAACAACCCGUCACAAUCGCAAGAUGAAAGCCAAUCAGUUUUACAGGAGACAGAAAGACCAAGUACCAGCACUCAAUCGGUAAACAGAAGAGAAUCACAUGAGCAUUUCUCAUAUCAUUUACAAAUUGGUAAUACUUAUCCGGAAUUCCAAAGUCCCUUGAUGGUCUCUGUUGGCAACAGAUCUGCCAAUACUAGUCUUCAGAUGCCUGUGGUGAAUCCAUCUGCCAAUGCCAGUUUUCAAACAUCAGGACAGAACAGAACUGUCUCUACUACCAAUAGUAUUCAAGUGCCUGUAGCCUUUCAACUCGCUAAUACCAGUUUGGCUGCCGUAAAUCCAUCUACCAGUGUUCGUGUGCCAGUUGUGAUCCCAUCUGCUGGUGUUGGUGUGCCAGGACUCGACCCAUCAGCCAGUGUGCUAAGAGUGAACCCAUCGACCAGUGUUAAUUUGCCCAGAGGAAACUCAUCUGCCAGCGUUAAUUUGCCCAGAGGAAACUCAUCUGCCAGCAUUACGUUGCCAGGAGGGAACUCAUUUCCCAGUGUUAGUAUGCCAGGAGUGAAUCCAUCUGCUGCAAUCACAUUGCCAGGAGAGAACCCAUCUACCAGUUUUAGUUUGCCUAGAGUAAACCCAUCUGCCAGUGUCAGCAUGCCAGGAGUGAAUCCAUCUGCCAGUGUCGGUGUGCUUGGAGUAAACCCAUCUGCUAGAAUUACUGUGCCAGGACUGAACCCAUUUUCAAAUGUUACUUUGCCAGGAGUGAACCCAUCUGCUGGUGUUAGUUGGGCAGCAGUGAAUCCAUAUUCCAGUGUCAGUUUGCCAGGAGCAAACAUAUCUGCCAGUAUUAGUUUUCCAGGAGUGAAUCCGUCUCGAAUUGUUACUUUGCCAGGAUUGAAUCCUUCUCCAAUUGCUACUUUGCCAGGAGUGAAUCCUUCUCCAAUUGCUACUUUGCCAGGAGUGAAUUCCUUGUCUAGUGUUACUUUGGCAGGAGUGAAUCCUUCUCCAAUUGCUACUUCGGCAGGAGUGAAUCCUUCUCCAAUUGCUACUUUGGCAGGAGUGAAUCCUUCUCCAAUUGCUACUUUGGCAGGAGUGAAUCCUUCUCCAAUUGCUACUUUGCCAGGAGUGAAUUCCUUGUCUAGUGUUACUUUGGCAGGAGUGAAUCCUUCUCCAAGUGUUACUUUGUCAAGAGUGAAUCCUUCUCCAAGUUUUACUUUGCCAGGAGUAAAUCCUUCUCCAAUUGUUACUUUGCCAGGAGUGAAUUCCAUGUCUAGUGUUACUUUGGCAGGAGUGAAUCCUUCUCCAAGUGUUACUUUGUCAAGAGUGAAUUCUUCUCCAAGUUUUACUUUGCCAGGAGUGAAUCCUUCUCCAAUUGUUACUUUGCCAGGAGUGAAUUCCUUGUCUAGUGUUACUUUGGCAGGAGUGAAUCCUUCUCCAAGUGUUACUUUGUCAGGAGUGAAUCUUUCUCCAAGUUUUACUUUGCCAGGAGUGAAUCCUUCUCCAAUUGCUACUUUGCCAUUAGUUAAUACUACAUCUGCGGUUACAUUGCCAGGAGUGAAUCCUUCUCCCCAUGUUACUUUGCCAGAAGUGAACCCACCUGGCAAUGCCAGUUCACAGGCACAGACAGAAAACCAGUCUGCCAACUCUAAUAUCAGUCUUCUACAAACAUCAUUCCAGUCACCAAGUGAUUUCAAACAAGUGAAUUCAUCAAAGAAGGUUUUAUCUCCUGAAAGGGACGAUGAAGCAGAGUGCUGCCCCAUAUGUUUUGAAAACUGGACCAAUUCAGGAGCUCAUCGUCUAGCUUCCUUAAAAUGUGGACACCUUUUUGGACAAAGCUGUAUUAUGAAGUGGUUGAAAGGUCGGGGUGGAAAAUGUCCACAGUGCAAUGCAAAAUCAAAAAAAUCUGAAAUCAGAGUGAUCUAUGCUAAAGCAGUGAGAACAAUGGACACAGCAGAAAGAGACAGGGCGUUGAAGGAUUUGGAGAUGGAAAAAGAAGUGAGACGGAAAUCUGAACUUGAAGCAGCACAGCUAAAGAUGCAGUAUCAGUUAGCUAUGGACGAAUGCAAUAGACUGAAAGCACAGUUACAUUCACAGGACAGAGUGGGAAUGGCGGGUCCAUCUACGUACACUGGUGCAUCAUGUAGUGGUAUUAGUAGCAGCAGUCAGCCAUCACAUAAGGGAGGAGCCUAUAAAUUGGAUAAAACUAUACACAUAUCUCCAAAUGGUGGUUGUCGUGUUAUGGCUUAUAACCCUACCCAGUAUGCACUUGUCCUUUCUAUGCCGUCUCCAAAUCAGCUGUUUCCAGGUCAUGGCAUCAAAAAGCUGAGUAUGAUGGAUAUGAAAAGUAACCAGUAUGUGACAAUUCAUAGCAAAAUGUUGAGAGAUUGCUGUUUUAAUAAUCGCCAAGAUGGUUUGUUACUUACUGCUUCUGUGGAUAAAACUAUUAAGAUUACAAGUCUUCUUAGCAAUACAGUUGUACAAACAUAUGCCUGUCAAGUACCUGUAUGGAGUUGUGCAUGGAACUUGGAUGAUACAAACUAUGUAUACGCUGGCUUGCAGAACGGGAGCAUAGUCAUGUAUGACACAAGAAAUACUUUAACACAAGUAGCUCAGUUUAACAGAGAUGGUUCUCGAUGUCCAAUUGUGUCUUUACAAUACGUUGAGAAUGACAUCAACUCAUCAUUCAAGGCGUGUGGUUUGCUGACAGGCUCGUUGGAAGGUGUUCAAUUCUGGGAGAAGAAAGCUGCAGCUGAAUAUAAACCCCAUAUCCUGCCACUGGAAGGUAGUUGUACGUAUGUUUCAUUUGAACGCACAACCAGACACUGUAUGGCAUCAUUCAGGCCAAAUAAAAACCAUCCAUUCAUCAAACAUCUGAUGUGCGAGUUACAAAGUAGGAGUGGUGAUUGUAUCAGCUCGUCAACGUGUUCCUCUAAUACAGUACAGACAUUCUACGGGGGCUCCACUAUGAAAUUACUGACACGGUCAAGACUGUUUGCCAGUCCUCUUGGGAGUGGUCAGGUGUUGGCAUGUGCAGGGGAUGAGUCAAGUUUAUCUGCACAUAUAUGGAAUGGAAGUAAUGGUAAUCUUCAACAGAAACUGCCUGCCAACUCACCAAUACUCGAUGCAUGUCCAUUUGUACUUGACGGUCAACAUAUGUUAGCAAUAAUGACAGAGAAAUUAGUAAAAAUUCAUCGCUGGACAUAAUUCAAACAUCUCUUAGGACAUCCUUACACAUCUGUACCUCCCAGACAAUGUAUCAUGAAUUGAUUGGAAGUAUAAAAAUAGACUAACCAAUCAGCUGUCAUUGUGAAGUACUCGGCCAAAUGCUUUUUAUACAUUUUUUUUUACAUAUACAUAUUUUAAAUAAUCAACCAUUGAUCAAUUCUUAAAUUCUCUUCAUUUUCAGUGUACAGAGUAUAUACCUGCCAUUUAUGCAUUAUUACACAUUUUCUUAAAUGUUCAAUAAGCCGUCUAUUCUUCCGUAUAUAUGAAUGUAUUAAAGUUGUCACACCACAUUGCGUUCGAUAUUGGACCUAUAGCAACGUAUGCAAUGCACGUAAAAUAAAAUGUUUGUUUACAUGAAAAUUGAACACUUGCCGUGUGACGACUGUAUUGCUUUAAGUAGUUUAGUUUGUAAAUCAUGUAUAUGUAUAUGUAAUUGACUUUUAUUUUUUGUGUGUAAGUAUAUAGAGUAGAAUAAAAAAAAUCUUUUCUUAAA